AUGUCUCGGUUCGUGCUGGACUCCAACAAUCUCUGGCUGCUUGCACUCGUCGACCACACGAUCAGGGUGAAUACUGGGCCGUUUUCCCCUGACAUCAACACCCAGGAUCUGAACGAUGACGAGACCAAAUGGACAAUGGUGGCCCGGAUCGGGAACAACAAGUACUGCAGCCACCGUGAGCUGGAAGUCUUCCGGGCGGCGCUGAACCCGCAGAAGGUGGAGCAGCUCUGGCAGAAUCUCCACGGCCGCCAGCUCAACAUCAACCGAGAAGGAUUCAUGUUCACGUGGCACAACCGCGGCACCGACAACGGCCGGUUCAAGCCGGGUGCACUCCUGUACCGCCUCAACGAUCUCUACAAGUGGUCCAACCACGGGGUCACUGUCCCGCUCCCGAUCGGGACAUCGUGGGACCGGUUCGAGCGGACCACCGGGAAGCUGAUGGAGGGAGGCGGUGAUGGUUCGGCCCAGGUGAAAAAGGAGUUGGAGGAGAAGGAGAAGGAGAACAAGAGGUUGCAGGCCGAGGCGGCGGAGAAGGAGAAGCAGGCCAAGGAGAGGGAAUAUGCGGCCCAGAAGGAGAUCCAAGAGCUGAAAGAGCAGGCCCAAGCGAGGGAGUAUGCGGCGAAGAAGAAGAGCGAGGAGAUGAAGAAGCAAGCCAAGGAGACGGACGACCAGCUCGCGGCGAAAGAUAAACAGAUCGCCAACCUCAGGGCCGCUCUCGCUGCCUUCACCUAA